GCGACGGCGGCACAGGACCUCGCUCCCCAGCCCGCACGAACCCAGCCGGACUCGCCUCUGCCUGAAGCGCCGCAGAGAUGCGAGGGGCGAAGAAGCGCCAGGCGCUGCCCGCCAUCGUGCUCCUGCUGCUGGCCUCGGCCUCGCCGCCGCCGGGCGCCGAGGGCAGGGACGUGCCCGCCGCCGGAGCCGAGCGGGGGGCGCUCCUCGACAUCCUCCUCCAAGCCCUGGGCGACGACGGCCGCCCGCUGCCGCCUCGCCCGCCGCGGAGGGACCGGGUGAUCUCCCGGCGGUACAGCGGCGGCAGUGCCCCUCCGACAGAGCCCCGCGCCGCCGCCGCCGCCGCCCCGCCGCCGCCGCGGCUCUUCGCCGCCGCCCGGCACGGAGAAAUUUUUCCAAGAGAUUCCAGUCUAAAAGACAAGUUCAUAAAACAUUUUACAGGGCCAGUCACAUUUUCCUCAGAGUGUAGCAAGCACUUUCAUCGACUGUAUCACAACACAAGGGACUGCUCAACGCCAACCUAUUACAAAAGGUGUGCAAGAUUGCUAACGAGAUUAGCAAUGAGCCCUUUGUGUACACAGUCCUAGGAUGUUUGCUAUACUUUCUACCAAGGAGAGAAUUCUGAUUUGCCAAGAAAGUGCCUUGAAAUCUUCACAAAUGGAGAAGACAUCUUUUAUCUUUUUGAUUUACAAUGUUUUGUUACUAGAUGUGUUUUAUUUUCAUAUAUUUGUCCGACAUUCCAUAUUUGUGUGAAACAUUAUUUUAUUUUGUAAAUUUGUUGCCUAUAGUUCAGACAAGCCAAUUAUUUAAAUACAUUGUGUAUGAAGAAUACUAAUGAUAUACUGAUUAAGUGUUAUAACUGUAUGCAGGGAGUUGGUAAAAUUUUGCUGUUUCUCUUGUUACGUUGUAUUUACAUCGUUCUGCUCAGGCUCUUACUCUCAUUAUUUGCACUAACUUGAAAUGCAGAAGUCUGUGUAACUGAAAUCUGAAUAAGCUGUAAGUGGGGAAGUUUUACUUGCCAUGGAAGAUAUUUUAUAUUAUGAAGCUUUGUUAAUAUAUACAUAUGUAUUAUUGUGCAUCAGAAAAAAUUUGCUCAGAAAUGCACCUUGCUUUCAGGAACAUUUGUAUGACUAUUCUGGAUUUUCAUCAGUUACAUUUGUACUGGCACUUAUGGAAAGAGUUGCAAAUAAUGUAAAUAUAAAGACUGGAAAACUGCAAUGCAGUUUUGGUGGAAUAAAGAACAUAAAAAU